AGCGCGGCAGACAGCUCGCCACUCGCGAUAACUCGCAGCAGCUGGGCGGAAAAGGCGGGAGAAGACUGCCGCUUCCGCGUCAGCGCAGCACAGAUACAACACUAGGGCAAAAUGGACGAUAAGUUAAUAUUGACUGUAUUUAAUCACCCAGAGCUGUACAAUGUCACUUUGCCGAAUUACCGCUGCACAGAAAGUCGGGCAAAUGCUUGGAGAAACAUCAGCAUGGUACUAGGUCUCCCGUCCGAGGAGUGCAAAAGAAAAUGGAAGAACAUGAGAGACAGGUAUUUGAAAGAAGUCCGGAUGGAGAUCAAAAGUAAGAAGCAAGGAGAGGUGAUGCAAAGCAGAUGGAAAUACAGACAACUUAUGAACUUCAUUGCACCCUUCACCGGAUCCAGAAGCGGAGUGGCAGACAUCUGCGGCAACAACGACGAUGACCAUGACAAUCCAGACAACGAAUCUGGCUGCCCGGAGGGAGAAACCACAUCGUCUGAGACGGUCAAGACACCACAGUCCACAAUGAAGGUCCCAGCGAGCCCAGCUGACCUCAAACCCCAGGUAGCGUUCGUGUCGCAGCUUCCUUCAGCGUCUCAGGACUCACAGAUGGCCCAGCUGGCUGUUCUGGCUAACAUGCCAUCAGGCUCACAAAUCACCCCCAUCAACAAAACUGGACGGAAACGGCGCCUGAUGCAAGAGUCGCUUUCACUGUCUUCGUCCCAAACUACACCGUCCCCGACAAAAUGGCUGGUCAAAGACAAUGGCUCCUCAUUUCCCAACAGGCCACGGGACGAGGACGAACUUUUUCUGCUGAGCUUCGUCCCCGCUCUGAAGCGACUCGCUCCACAGAAAAGAUGCGAAACAAAAAUAAAAAUCCAGCAGAUUAUGUACGAAGCAGAGUUCAACAUUGCACAGCCAGAAUCUCAUGAGAAACAGCCGGAUUCAGAAACGCGGGACUAGGCCAAACUGACUGUUUGUUUUUUUUUGUUUUUUUUAAAAUACUUUAUUGUAUUUUCUGAAAAGCUCGUCCACAAAAUGAACAAAAUAUCCUUUUUUUUAACAGCGCAAAGUGGUUGAGUUUGAGGUACAUCCUUUUUUCAUGUGAAAUAAUUAACAAUGAAUAAUAAUAAAACUUUACUUUUGAACAGA